AUGAAGAAAACCUUAAUAACAUUCUUGUUGUUGAUGGUUGUGGUUAUCUCUACCAAAAUAGAAGCAUCAGAGCUUAGAACUCAAGGUACAUUUAUAUAAAAUUUCAGGGAUGACCUACACUGAAGCAUAAAAUCUAGAUGUUUCUCGUUUAAAUUGCCACAUCGAUUUUGAAUACACAAUCGGAGAGUUGGCUAGAUGGGUUGAUAUUAUAGAUAAUCGAGAACAAUUAAUCAAGGAUCUUGCAAUAAUUAAUUAAGUUAUAAGCAUAGUAGAAAAAGCUAAAGGUACAAUAUCAGUCAUUCAUUCAUCUAUGCUUUUGCAAAUAUAAAGCAAAGUGAGUAAAUCACUACAAAGUAUAUUUACAUAAAACAAAUGGGCAGCUUGUAAAGUAGAAGAUGCCCUUGAAUAUGUAGCUUAAUUAAAUGGCACUUAAAGUAUUCAUUUUUAUUCUAACUUAGCUAAUGAGGAAAAGAUUGCUCUAGCAAAUAAAAUCAUAGCUCAUUUGAGGUAGACUUAAGAGUAAAUUCACUAAUACUUAAAUUAAUGCUAAUAUGCAAAACGUACUCAAGGUCUGAGAUAAAAGAUAAGUUAGCUUCAAACAUUAAAAAGAGUGUGUGACCAAGAAAUAAAAAAACCUACUAUAAUUAUAGAUAAUGACCCUGAUGAUGAAGUAAGAAAUUUUGAUGAAGAACCAGAAGAAAUAGUUUAUUAUUAUUUUGAAGAGGAAGAUGUUGAAACUCCUUCUGACUACAUUUAUCAUGAACCUCAGCAUUAUACAUAUCCAACUUAUUAGGAUGAAACCUAAAAACCAUAAAAAAAACAAGUUAAAAAAAUAGUGCCAAAAGAAAUCGUUGAAGAAAUUAAAGGAAAUAAAAGAUAUGUUGCCUUAGGUCAUGAGAUUGAAGGAGAAGUUAAAGAGAUUGUUGAUGAAUAAUAAAAUUAAUAAGAAGAGGCUGAAUUCGUAGUGUAGGCAGCUAAGGUGAGUAAAAUAGAAGGUCUAAAUAAUGAUGAAGAUGAUAGUAAAAAAACUGAUAAUGAUAAGGAGAAAGUAUAAGGAGAUUCUAAAGAUUAAACAAAUGGAGAUUAAAAUCAAGAAAAUAUUGAAACUGAUUAAUAGUAGGUGAUUGUUGAAACUCAUGAUAAUCCAUUAACAUAAGUUGAAUCAGAAACAAAAGAAAAUUAGACUGUUGAUAAAUCUACAAUUGGAAAAGCUGAUGAUGAUUCUACUGAAGUUGAAACAGAUAAUAAGACUGAUGUAAAAGAUGAUGAAAGUGAUGAAAAAAAAGAUACAAAUAAAAAUGAUUCUUAAUAAAAUUAAAAAUAAGAAUCAACUGAUUAAUCAUCUUAAGAAUAAACAUAAAAAAAGACUACAUAAGAAUCUUCAAAAACAACAAGCACUGAUGAUUCAGAAUCAGGUACAUAAGAAACAUAAAAUACAAAUUAAGAAUCAAAGGUCGAAGAAAAAGGAGAUUAAAAAUCAACCUAAGAUAGUAGUGAUAAUUAAAAAACAGAAAAUGAUGAAGAUAUAGUUGUUGAUAAUCAAUCUAAAAGUUAAGAUGAUAAAAAAGAUAUUUAAAUUGAAUCAUCAAAAGUUAAAAGAGUUGAUGAACAUAAAACUGAUGAUAAAAAAUAAGAAGGUGAUUAGAAAGAAGAAAGUGAAUAAAAAUAAGAAAGUGAAUAGAAAUAAGAAGGUGAAUUGAAAUAAGAAGGAGAAUAGAAAUAAGAAAGUGAAUAAAAAUAAGAAAGUGAAUAGAAAUAAGAUGAAAAUCAUAAAGAACCACCUAAGAACUAAGAUGAUGAAAAGAAAAUGAAAAAAUAAAAAUCUAGUGAUGAUCGUUCAUUAAAAAUCUAAUCAUUAAGAGAAGAACCUAAUCCAAAUGAACCAACAUAAUUUUAACCACCAAAACAUAGAGCUAAUUCAGGUCGUGUUUAAGAAAGAAAAGUUAUAGCUGUGAAUACAAAAUAUUAAAAUUCAGAUUUUGAUGGUGAGCCAACAGAAUAAUUUGAAUUUACUGAUAGAUCAUUACUUCAAGAUUCAUCUGAAUAUGGAUAUGGAUAUUGGGUGAGAUAUACGGAACAUGGAGUUAAGGAGCAUAGUAGAGAAGAUGGUGAAUACUAUUUCUUAUCAAGAAUGACCAUUAAUGAGGAAUAUGAAGAUUUUUCAUUUUAUGGAGAUAGAGCUUUGGCAAUAUUCAUGUUUGAUAAUUCCUUUGUUUUCAGCACAUAUGAUACAAGUGAAAAAUUGAAGACUAAAGAUAAGGCAGUUGCUUUAAAUGAAAACAUGGAUAGUAUGUGGUAUUUUGUUAUGUUCUCUUACAGUAAUCCAUUAAGAAAAGCUGUUGGUUAUAUUGUAAGUUAUGGGGAAGGUAAUGGAGUCUAUAGAGUAGAAAUAGAGGCUACUCACAUUCCACCUUCAUAUAUAAAAAUUAUAUUUGGUGGUAAGCAUAUGAAUUAUAAUGGAUUAAAUGGAUAAUUCGCCAAUAUUUUCUUUGAUAUAGAUGCUCCAGCUUUUGUCGAUGGAGAUGAAGCUUUAGAUGAAGUCCUGAAAACUUUGAGUAACCCUCCAUAAAGUGUGCCUGCAAUGAUAGAUGAAACAAUAAUUUAGAAACCUAAACAUUUGAAUGGAAAUGAUAAAGGGGAAUAAUAUCAUUUUGAUCCACAAGAAUCUUAAUUAAUUAUAGAAGAAUAUGCUGUUGGUUUAUGGUUUAGAUGGAUAGAUGAUUUAAAAGUGGAUGAACCAAAUACAUUUUAGAUAAUUAAUUUGAGAUCAAACAAAGUCAAAACUGCAGGAAAAGGAGUUUUAGGUGAUAGAGCAUUAGAAAUACAUCAUACAUAUGGUGGUGGUGCUAAGAGUACAAUUUAUUUUAAUACCUAUACAAUUAAGGGUAAUAGAGCAAAGGGAUAACCUUAUUUAUCAAAGACUGUUGAAAGUGUUGAAUUUAUUUGGACUUAUGUUUAUUUUGGAUAUGAUAAUGAUGGAGGACGUGCCUAUGGUUCAGUGAUUAAGCCAGGACUAGUAGGAGAAAUCAAAUAUGAAGGUAUCUAACACAAACUAGUCAACAGUUUGAGUGUCACUUUAGGUGGUGAUAAUGUUAUAUCUCCAUUUAAUGGUAUGAUUGGAUAUGUUGGUAUUUAUCUUGGAACAGGAGCAUACAGAGAAGGUUUAGGAUUUGAAAUGACAUUUAAUUAUGGUGAAGGAGUUAUGGGAGUCUAUUAAGUUGGUAAACCAGUCACUUACAUUGCAGGAGAUGCUAAUUAAGCAAAAUAUGUAUCAUAUGAUGCUGCAGAUAAUGUUGUGGAUAAGAUUAUUAUUCAUAAUGAGGAAGGAAUGAGAAUUAAUGGAUAGAGUGAAUAUGGUUUUGGAUUAUGGACUAGAUGGUUGAGUACAUUACCUAAAUAUUUGAAUAAGAGAGCUCCAAUACAUACUAUUGCUAGAAUGGGUACUUAAGGUUAUGUUAUUGAAUCUAUUGAUGGUAAAUUAGUAAGAUCUAAUGCUAACAGACCAAGUACUCCUAAAGAUAAUACUUUAUCAAUAUCUUUGACUCCAGAUUCUUAUGAAUUUUAAACAUUAGAAUUAAAAGAUGAUAUUGAAUUUUCUUAAUUAGAAGGACAUUGGAAUUAUGUCUACUUUGGAUAUAUUCGACAUGGUAAUUAGGGAUUGGCUAAAGGUUAUGUUUAAUUUGGUGUUGAUGGUGAAGUUGAUGAAGUUAUCUUUGAUACUUUCCAUGAUUAUUUACUUGAGUAUGUAGAAUUCAUUGUUGGUAAAACAUCAGCUCCAUUGUUCAAUGGGGAAAUGGCAAGAAUAUCAUUUUCAUUUGGACCUGGAUCAUUCAUUCACACAUCUGAAACUUUGAAAAUCUUUACUUAAAAUACUCUUCCAGAAAAAGCUUAGAUUCAUCCAGUAGCCAGAUAAACAUUACAAUUAGUGGGAGCUCCUCAAUAACUUAAGGAGGAACCAAUUUAAUUUGAAUUUGACAAGUAUUAAGGAGCAGAAGAGUACUCUAUUUCUGGAUGGGUCAGAUGGAGUGGACCAUUAGUUACUGGCAAAGUUGCUCAUCUCAUAACAAUGGCUUAGAAGAGAUUGGAUGAUUUAGAUGGUAAAAAUGAAGAAACUUUACAAAUAAUAAGAGGAGAUCAAGCAUUUACUUUCAUUACUUAUAAUCAAAAUUUAGGUGAAUACAAAUUAGUUACUUAAGAUGAAGCUUAUGGAGAAUAUGCUGAUUAAUGGACAUAUAUAUAUUAUGGAUUUUCUUAAUAGAAAUAGUAAACUUAUGGUUAUUUGAAAUAUACUUUUACAGAGAGUGAAUUUAGAUAAGAAAAAGUUAAUCAUUUUUAUUUGGCUGUGUUCUCAGUAUUAAUCUAAGAAAAAUAAUAAUAUACAUAAUUUAUUGGUUAAAUUAAAACAUGGGUUAUUAAUAUUGGAGAUGGAGCAUUCAGAGAGGGAGGAUUUGAUGAAAAUGAAAAUAUUAAAGUUCAUUUUGGAUUCAUAAGUGGAACUGAUCAUAUUAAAUUACAAUAAGCUGGAUAAGAAGCACAUCAUGAAGAGACUAUUUUAGAAUGUUCAUCAUAAAGUGGUGAAGUGCCUUUACAUAUAGAAUUCUAAUAAAGUGAUAAGUUACAUUUGCAUGGUGUUAGUGAAUAUGGUUAUGGCUAUUGGGUUAAAUUCUAAUAUUUUGCAAAUAAGAAUACUAUAUAUAGUAGACCUUAAUUAAUGGGGUUAAGUAGACUUACUAGUAAUAAAGAUUAUAAAGAUUUUGAUAAUCCAGGAGAUAGAGUUCUUUUGGUUUUAUUAGGAAAACAAUCCUAUCAUUUUGGAACAUAUGAUGUCAUCACUAAAUCAAAUAAUGUGGCUGGAGAUAUUCCUAAUUAAAUUGACUCUGAAAGUGAAUGGACAUAUAUUUAUUUCAGUUUUAAACGAAUUACUUAAACCUAAGGACAUGCCAUGGCAUUCACUCAUUAUAAAGAUACUACAUCAGGAAUUUAAAUGGAUGUAAUGCAUUCAUUAUUAAAUAACUAUUUGUAAUUGACUGUUGGUAAUGCAGGCAAAUAUUAUUCAAAUUUUAAUGGAUAAAUAACUACAAUUAGAUUCAAUCUUGGUCCAGGUGCCUAUAUUGAUAACAAAUAAGGUUUGUUAUAAAGAAUUAAAAAUAAGGAUGUUAUGCCUGAUAUCUUGGCUCCAUCCAAAAAGUAUGAGGUUUUGAUUGGAAAACAUGAUGUUACAAAGAUUGAAGAGGAUCAACACAUUACACACAUAAAUGAAGAAGCUAGAGAAUAUUCAAUUUAAUUAUGGUUCAGAUGGUUCAAAUUACCAGUCAAAACAUAAUAGCUUAUCUAUAGAUUCACUUCUUCAAAUCCUGAUUCUUUAGGAGAUGCAUAAAAAAUAGGAGAUAGAACUUUGGCUCUAUUCCAUACAGAUGGUAUAGAAUUCAGUACUUAUAAUUUAAAUCCCCUAUCUUUGUAGAACACAUAUGAAGCUAAGAUCCCAUAACAAUAAUUAGAAGUUUGGACAUUUGUAUAUUUUGGCUAUUCAAAACAUCAUUAGAAAAUUAGUUACUAUUUAUUAGCUGAUGAUGAUGAACAUAAAGGUUUAGAAUAAGCUUUACAUGCUGUUUCCACUAACUAUUGGUUGUUCUUAGUAAAAGAUGCAAUGACAAAACCAUUCGAUAGUAGAUUAGCUUAAGUUAUAUUGAAUAUUGGAGAUGGUAGUUAUAGAGAAGAUAAUUUCAACACUCUUUAAGUUUAUUUGGCAGCACCUAAAUUAUUUAGUUCUGAUAGUAAAUUUGAUUGGGAAGCAGAUGAUACAAUAACAUUGGUUUCAGGUGAUUCAGAAAAAUAAGGUAUGAAAAUUACAUUCUCUGAACCUGAUAGAAAAAUUGAGAGUGUUUAGGAAUAUUCUGUUGGUUUAUGGACUAGAUUCUUGUAAGCAUGGCCAGAGAGAUAAUGGCAUACUCCAUCUGAAAUGUAGAUCUUAAGAUUAACUUAUAAUGAUGAAGUAGAUCAUGGAAAAAUUGCUAUUGGAGAUAGAGUUCUAAAUGCAUUAGUUGUCUUAGAUAAUUACUAAUUUGGUACUUACGAUUUGAAUGAUGAUGCUCCUAAUGAAAUAAGCACUAUACCUUAUAAUCAUUUGGAAGGAAGAUGGCAUUACAUAUAUCUUGGUUAUAAGAGAUAAUUAUAAUAAGCAAACUACUUUGUAUUUGAUGGAGAAGAAAUUAAACAUGCCACAAAUGAAAAAUUAUUACAUAAACCACUUGGAGAUUAUAUUCAUUUAAUUUUGGGAGGAGAAAAGGAUGUAGCUCCAUUCUAAGGUCUAUUUACUGAAGUAGCAGCUCACUUUGGAGUUGGAUCAUUCAUUUUAUCAGGUGAAGAAUUAAUGAAAUCUAUUGAUACUAGUUUUGCCUUACCUUAAGAAUUAACUGUAGAUUAUAUCCAUAAACAAAAGCAUGGUUAACAAUAGUUAAUUGGUGAAAGUGAUAAUAAUGAAGGAAGUGAGAGUACUGGAGAUACUUGGAGUGGUGUAGGAGAAUAUGCUAUUUCUGGUUGGUUUAAGAUUGCUGAAACUUAAGUGAAGAAAGAAGGAGAGAUUAACUCACCAUGUCAGAUACUAUUUAGAAUUACUAAUAAUGAUAAAGAACAUUUAAGUGAUCGUAAAUCAUAAGGUGAUAGAGCAUUACAUGCUUAAAUAUGUACAAGUGAUACUGUUAAACUGAGUACAUAUACAUUGAAAGGACUUAAAGAUUGGAAUGAAGCUAAAUUCUUAGAAGAGAAGGUUGAACUUGGAAAUUCAAAGAAGGCAUGGGCAUAUUUAUAUAUGGCUUAUAAUGAAAAUGUUGGUGAAGUUCAUACUUUAUUACACUUAUUUGAAGAAGAUAAACCAGUAAUUUUCAAAGGAGUUUAACAUUUUGUUCCUCAUUUCAUAGGAAUCUAUGUAGGUAAGGAUCCUCAUAGUAGAAGAUUUUAAGGAGAAUUAUAAAAAUGGGUAGCUUAAUAUGGAUAAGGAGCAUUUAUUGAUGUAAUGAAAAAAGGUUAUGAAGAUACAUUACCUAACUUUAGACAUAUUCAGAUUAAUUAAAAAUAUCUAUGGUUUGAAAAAGAAGAUAGAAUUAUUUAGACACCUGAAAAAGUAGAAUAAACAUUUACUUCAGAAACAGAAUCAGUCGAUGAAUAUGCAGUUGGUGUUUGGACAAGAUGGUUAAUAGCAUUCCCUACUACUUUAACUGAUAGAGCAGAUGUUCACACUAUAUUCAGAUUCUCAAGUACUCGUCAAUAUUAAGAUAAGAGUGAAUUAGGUAAUAGAGUCUUAUCUGCCUUCUUAACAAAAGGAAAUUAUGAAUUUAGUACAUAUGAUGCAUCUAAACCUUCUAAUGCAGUAGAUGCAUAAUUACCUUAUGAAAAUAUUGAAGGUGAAUGGACUUAUGUUUAUGCUGCAUAUAAGAAUAAGAAUUUUUAUGGUAUGGUCUUAUUUAAGGAUCAAUAAAAGGCUGUCCAUCUUAAUAUUGAAGUGACUCAUCAAGUUUUAACUGGUUAUGCUCAUUUUGUUUUAGGUGCUAAUGAAUUUGGAUAUAAAGCAUUCCAUGGUUGGUUCUAUGACCCAAGAAUAUUUUUAGGUGCUGGAAGUUAUAUUAGCGAAUCUCAAAAAGUUGUAGAGAUGAUUCAUAAAUUACACAGAAAAUUACCAGUUUCACCUUAAUAAGCAGAAGAUUUCAAAUGGCCAGUUUCUUUAUUGGAUACAACUAAUCAAGAUGAUCUUGAUUCUAAAAAGGAUAAAUUGAAUUUUGAAUUCACAGACAAAGCAGAAAUGUAAUCUUAUAGUAUUGGAUUCUGGUUCCAAAAUGCCAUGUUACUUCCUGAGAUGAAAAAUGAUUUUACUGCUUUAGUUCGUUUAACCACCAAUGGGCCUGAUCUUGCUGCAGAUGAUAAAUUUAUUGGAGAUAGAACUUUAGCACUCUUUACUAAAACAGAUAAAUUGAUGGCUAGUACUUAUACAAUAAAGGAUCCAUCAUUUGAACCAUUGUCACAUACUUUCGAUAUAAAAGAGCAUUAGUGGACUUUUGUAUACUUUGGAUAUGAGAAACAUCAUGCCAGAGCCUAUGUAUUGACUCCUAAAGGACCAAGUGAAAAGAUUUUGAUUGCUUAACACAUUGUGCCUAAUACAUUUUACUUAAGAGUUGUUAAUGAUCUUGGCCAUCCAUCUUUUUGGGUAUAUAAUAAUUUUAAUAUUAUAGGGUAAAAUCUAUGGAUUGAAGGUCAAUUUUGGUGACGGUAGUUAUCUUGAAAAUCCUUUGGAAUUAAUUGAUAAAUGGCCAUACGAUCCAAAGCAACAUUCUGAUAUAGAUAAAUAAGGAGAAAAAGUCUUAUGUAUUUAUAUAUAUAAUAAUAAUAGCUAUUAAUUCUGCAAAAGUUACAAAACAAAAGAAUGAUGAUGUGAAAGAAUGAG